AAGCAACCAUGUCUGGAGAGGUGCGUUUGAGGCAGCUGGAGCAGUUUAUUUUGGAUGGUCCAGCUCAGACCAAUGGGCAGUGCUUCAGUGUGGAGACAUUGCUGGAUAUACUCAUCUGCCUUUAUGAUGAAUGUAAUAAUUCCCCUCUGAGAAGAGAGAAAAAUAUUGUUGAGUAUCUUGAAUGGGCCAAACCAUUCACUUCUAAAGUGAAACAGAUGCGAUUACAUAAAGAAGACUUUGAAAUAUUAAAGGUGAUUGGUAGAGGAGCUUUUGGGGAGGUGGCUGUUGUAAAACUAAAAAAUGCUGAUAAAGUAUUUGCCAUGAAAAUAUUGAAUAAAUGGGAAAUGUUAAAAAGAGCAGAGACAGCAUGUUUUCGAGAAGAGAGGGAUGUACUGGUGAAUGGAGACAACAAGUGGAUUACAACUUUGCACUAUGCCUUCCAGGAUGACAAUUACUUAUACCUGGUUAUGGAUUACUAUGUUGGUGGGGAUUUGCUCACUCUGCUCAGCAAGUUUGAAGAUAGACUGCCUGAGGAUAUGGCUCGAUUUUACUUGGCUGAGAUGGUCAUAGCCAUUGAUUCAGUACAUCAACUACAUUAUGUGCACCGGGAUAUUAAGCCUGAUAAUAUUCUGAUGGAUGUGAAUGGUCAUAUUCGAUUAGCGGAUUUUGGUUCUUGCUUGAAACUCAUGGAAGAUGGAACAGUUCAGUCAUCUGUGGCUGUUGGAACCCCAGACUAUAUCUCUCCAGAAAUCCUUCAAGCCAUGGAAGAUGGGAAAGGAAAGUAUGGACCAGAGUGUGACUGGUGGUCUUUGGGUGUCUGCAUGUAUGAGAUGCUCUACGGAGAAACACCAUUUUAUGCAGAAUCUCUGGUGGAAACAUAUGGGAAAAUCAUGAACCACAAAGAAAGAUUUCAGUUUCCAGUUCAAGUGACAGAUGUGUCUGAAAGUGCUAAAGAUCUUAUUCGAAGGCUUAUUUGUAGCAGAGAACAUCGACUUGGACAAAAUGGCAUAGAAGACUUUAAAAAUCAUCCCUUUUUUGCUGGCAUUGACUGGGAUAAUAUUCGGAACUGUGAAGCACCUUAUAUCCCAGAAGUCAGCAGUCCUACGGAUACUUCAAACUUUGAUGUUGAUGAUGAUUGUUUAAAGAAUUCUGAAACGAUGCCCCCUCCAACCCAUACUGCAUUCUCUGGUCACCAUCUACCAUUUGUUGGUUUUACAUAUACUAGUAGUUGUGUUCUUUCAGAUCGAAGUUGUUUAAGAGUUACAGCUGGCCCUCCCUCAAUGGAUGUUGAUGUCAAUAUUCAGCGAACUUUGGAGGACAGCUUAGCAACUGAAGCUUAUGAACGGAGAAUAAGACGUCUUGAACAGGAAAAACUUGAACUUAGUAGAAAGCUUCAAGAAUCAACACAGACUGUCCAGGCUCUGCAAUAUUCAACUGUAGAUGGUCCAUUGACUGCCAAUAAAGAUUUAGAAAUAAGAAACUUAAAAGAAGAAAUUGAGAAGUUGAGGAAACAAAUAACAGAUUCUGAUCAUCUAGAACAACAAUUAGAAGAAGCUAGUUCUAUGAGACGAGAACUAGAUGAUGCUUCUAGACAAAUCAAAGCUUGUGAGAAACAAAUAAAAAUGCUAAAGCAAGAAAGAGAAGACCUUAAUAAGGAACUAAUUGAGUCUAGUGAGCGAUUAAAAUCUCAAACCAAAGAACUGAAAGAUGCACACAGCCAGCGGAAACUGGCCAUGCAAGAGUUUUCUGAGAUGAAUGAACGACUUACAGACUUGCACUCCCAGAAGCAGAAACUUGCUCGCCAAGUUCGAGAUAAGGAAGAAGAGAUGGAACUGGUGAUGCAAAAAGUUGAAAGCUUAAGGCAAGAACUGCGUAAAACAGAAAGAGCCAAAAAAGAGCUGGAAGUCCAUGUAGAAUCUGCGGUAGCAGAGGCAUCUAAGGACAGGAAACUUCGAGAACGGAGUGAACAGUAUUCUAAACAGCUGGAAAAUGAAUUGGAAGGAUUAAAGCAAAAGCAGGUUGGUCGUUCACCAGGUAUAAGCAGCAUAGAACAUCAGCAAGAAAUAACCAAACUAAAGACUGACUUGGAAAAGAAAAGUAUCUUUUAUGAAGAGGAAUUGUCCAAAAGAAAUGUAAUUCAUGCAAAUGAAAUUAAAAAUUUGAAGAAAGAAUUGCGUGAUGCAGAAGGCCAGCAGCUUGCCCUCAAGAAGGAGAUUAUGAUUUUAAAAGAUAAAUUAGAAAAGACUAGGAGAGAGAGCCAAAAUGAAAGGGAAGAAUUUGAAAAUGAAUUUAAACAAAAAUAUGAACGAGAAAAGAUUCUGUUGACUGAAGAAAAUAAAAAACUGUCAAAUGAGCUUGAUAAGCUCACAGCUAUGUUUGAGAGAUUAAGUAUAAACAACCGACAACUAGAAGAAGAGAUGAGAGACCUAGCAGACAAAAAGGAAUCGGUCGCACAUUGGGAGGCCCAAAUCACAGAAAUUAUUCAGUGGGUGAGUGAUGAAAAAGAUGCACGAGGCUAUCUUCAGGCUUUGGCCUCUAAAAUGACAGAGGAACUAGAGGCAUUGAGAAAUUCCAGCCUUGGCACAAGAGCAACAGAUAUGCCCUGGAAGAUGCGCCGUUUUGCAAAACUGGAUAUGUCAGCUCGGUUAGAGUUGCAGUCAGCUUUGGAUGCUGAAAUUAAAGCCAAACAGGCCAUACAAGAAGAACUUAAUAAAGUUAAAGCAUCAAACAUCUCAACAGAAUGCAAACUACAAGAGUCAGAGAAGAAGAACUUGGAACUGCUAUCAGAAAUUGAAAAACUGAAAAAGGAGACUGAGGAUCUUAAAUCUGAAAAGGGUGUAAAGCACCAAGACUCACAGAAUUCUUUCUUGGCAUUUUUGAAUGCGCCUACCUCUGCUCUGGAUCAAUUUGAAGAUUCCUUUUCUUCUUCCUCAUCUUCACUGAUUGAUUUUUUGGAUGACCGCUCUCCAUCCUGUAUUCCAGCUAGCAAAGGCAGACGUAUUGAUUCAGUUGAGAACUUUACGUUGUCUAACCCUACUUCACGGGAUGAGGAGGUCAAGUCUCACCUCCAGUCAAGGUCCAGGUCUCCUUCCACAGCUAGUGACAUUGAACCAAUUGAGGUUACAGACCACCCUCCACGUUCAACUCACACACCAACAAUGAGAUCAGCAUAUAUUGGAUCUGGCAUCUCUGCACCUAAGCCAAAGGCCCACCAGUUUGUAGUAAAAUCCUUUAAUACUCCUACCAAAUGUAAUCAGUGCACAUCUCUGAUGGUUGGUUUGAUAAGACAAGGCUGUGCUUGUGAAGUAUGUGGAUUCUCAUGUCAUGUUACCUGUGCGGACAAAGCUCCAGCAUUUUGCCCAAUUCCUCCUGAACAAACAAAAGCCCCUCUAGGAAUAGAUCCGCAAAAAGGAGUUGGAACAGCAUAUGAAGGCCAUGUAAGGGUUCCCAAACCAGCUGGAGUGAAGAAAGGCUGGCAGAGAGCAUUGGCUGUGGUUUGUGACUUCAAACUCUUUCUGUAUGAUAUAGCUGAAGGAAAAGCCUCCCAGCCUAGUGUGGUAGUCAAUCAAGUGAUUGAUAUGAGGGAUGAAGAGUUUUCUGUGAGUUCAGUUCUAGCUUCUGAUGUUAUUCAUGCAAGCCGAAAGGAUAUCCCCUGUAUCUUUAGGGUAACAGCCUCUCAGCUUUCAGCAUCAAGUAACAAAUGUUCAGUCCUGAUGUUAGCAGAUAGUGAGAACGAAAAGAGCAAAUGGGUGUGCUUACUGAAUGAACUUCACAGGAUUUUAAAGAAGAAUAAACUUAAAGACCGCUCAGUCUACAUCCCUAAAGAGGCCUAUGACAGCACUCUCCCCCUUAUUAAAACAACCCAAGCAGCAGCCAUCAUAGAUCAUGAAAGGAUAGCUCUGGGAAAUGAAGAAGGGUUAUUUGUUGUGCAUGUCACAAAAGAUGAGAUUAUACGUGUUGGUGACAAUAAGAAGGUACAUCAGAUUGAACUCAUCCCAAAUGAACAACUCAUUGCUGUGAUCUCAGGACGAAACCGCCAUGUGAGACUUUUCCCCAUGUCAGCUUUGGAUGGACGAGAAACUGAAUUUUUUAAGUUGGCAGAGACAAAAGGUUGCCAAACGAUAGCUUCUGGACAGGUGCGCCAUGGAGCUCUUACGUGCCUGUGUGUGGCUAUGAAAAGGCAGGUCCUCUGUUAUGAAUUAAAUCAAAGUAAGACUCGUCACAAAAAGAUGAAAGAAAUCCAAGUCCUGGGCAAUGUACAAUGGAUGUCAGUCUUCAGUGAACGACUCUGUGUGGGAUUCCAAUCAGGAUUCCUCAGAUAUCCCUUGCCUGGAGAAGGGAAUCCACACAGUUUGCUCCAUCCAGAUGACCAUACACUGUCAUUUAUUGCACAACAGCCAACUGAUGCAAUAUGUGCAGUCGAGAUUUCCAAUAAAGAGUAUCUGCUGUGUUUUAGCAGCGUUGGAAUAUAUAUUGACUGCCAGGGCAGAAGAUCGAGACAGCAAGAACUGAUGUGGCCUGCAGUACCUUCCUCUUGCUGUUAUAAUGCGCCAUACCUCUCAGUGUACAGUGAAAAUGCAGUUGAUAUAUUUGAUGUCAAUUCCAUGGAAUGGAUUCAGACAAUCCCUCUUAAGAAGGUGCGACCCUUGAAUACAGAAGGAUCAUUAAACCUUUUAGGGUUGGAGACAAUUAGAUUAAUAUAUUUCAAAAAUAAGAUGGCAGAGGGGGAUGAGCUAGUAGUCCCUGAAACAUCAGAUAAUAGCAGGAAACAAAUGGUUCGAAACAUCAAUAAUAAACGGCGUUAUUCCUUCAGAGUCCCAGAAGAGGAAAGGAUGCAACAGAGGAGGGAGAUGCUACGAGAUCCAGAAAUGCGAAAUAAAUUAAUUUCUAACCCAACUAAUUUUAACCACAUAGCACACAUGGGUCCAGGAGAUGGAAUACAAAUCCUGAAAGACUUGCCCAUGCCGGGUUUCCCUCAUUCAUCCCCUCAUCAUCACUCCGGCCUGAUCUCCUCUCCGAUCAACUUUGAGCACGUCUAUCACAUGACUGUUAAUUCUGCUGAAAAAUUCCUCUCUCCUGAUUCCAUAAACCCUGAAUAUUCCCCGUCUCUGCGUUCUGUCCCUGGUACACCAAGCUUUAUGACUCUAAGGAACCUCAGGCCUCAAGAAAGUCGGACAAUGUUCAGUGGCUCUGUCAGUAUUCCAUCCAUCACUAAAUCACGCCCUGAACCAGGACGUUCCAUGAGUGCUAGCAGUGGACUGGCAGCAAGGUCAUCUUCACAAAAUGGUAGUGCAUUGAGGAGAGAAUUCUCAGGAGGAAGCUACGGGACAAAACGGCAACCUAUGACCUCUCCCUCAGAUGGUUCAUUGUCCUCGGGAGGUAUGGACCAAGGAAGUGAUGUGCCAGCAAGGGACUAUGACCGAGAGGACUCUGACUCUCCAAGGCAUUCUACAGCUUCCAACAGCUCCAACCUCAGCAGCCCUCCCAGCCCCAUUUCUCCUCACAAGACCAAGAGCCUCUCUCUGGAGAGCACUGACCACGUGAGUUGGGACACAUGAACUGCUUCAGCAUUCAAAUCAGACAUCAGAACGGCUUUUAUCCCACGGCUACCCUUCACUCACCCUAUUCUCUUGCUUUCAUCUCUUCCCCUCACUUCUGCCUGAAAAUUAUCUGGGGACUGGUAUCAGAAGGGAGGUGGGAGUAGGAAAAAUAAGGUUUACCUUCUGAUAUGAUUCAAAGAUGAAUUUUGGCCCCAGAUUUAACAACAGCUGCAAAAAAAAGGGCAAACUUUUGUCAAAUAGCUGCCACAGAUUUCUAUUUGUAUUGAUUUCAUUUCAUACAAUUACAGCUGCUUUCAUUAUCUUUCACUCCCUUCAAAAAAGGUAGUAUAAAUAGAUCAGAUAACUAAAAAUGAAUAAGAUUUAAAUGAGCACUAGAGUCUCAUACUGUAAGAUAGCACAGUGAACCCAUAACUUUGUGGGGAGAAUCAGUACAUCCAAGAGCAUCAUAAAGCUUUCAUUCAGCCAUCACAUUUGAAUGUUAAUCUGAUUGUUACCAGUGAAUCCUUAUUAAUUAAAACAAUACAUAUUUUACUACAAUACAGAGUUUAAAUACACAGAUUUAAGAGUUAAAUACUGAUUGUAUAUAUUAAGAGAGAAGCAUCAUGUAUUCAGUAAAAGAUGGAUGCAUAUUUAAGAGAAAGAAAUCCUUUAAUUUAAAAGAAUUGUGUUGUUUCCAUAUGUUUUCAUGCUAAAUAAUUUUAAAUGUUGAAAAAACCAUUUGAUGUUUGUUUGAAAGAGAGAGCUAGAGAAAGCAACAUUCCCUUUGGAAGAUGGUGUCAGAAGAACAUUUUAAUUUCUCUUGUCAUCAAAGACAUGUCUUUCCUAUUUUUCCAUAGUAGAAUUAAAGCCAUAAUCUUUAUUUUAAAGAUUACACUUCCUAUCUGUUAUAUGAAUGAAGAGAUAAGAUUUCUUGCCAUCCUCUAAACUCCUCCAUCCCAAAACUUACAGGGCAGAGUUAUAUUUUCCAAAACAGUAGGUCUCCUUAAGGAUCACAAAAGUGCUUCUUUUUCUUUUUUUCUGGAGUACAUUAUGCCCUUUCCCUCCCUCCCUCCCCUGCAUUACUACAAUGUACAGCAGAAGACCCUUUCUGUAGAAGGAACUCAUUUUACCUUGAAGGGGAAUGCUCUUCCUCUAAACUGAAAACAGUUUACCACAUAACUAAAACUUCACUCAGCUAAAUGCAUGCAUUUUGAGCAGCCUCAACCAAAAAUUUUUUUAGUUUCAUCUGAGGAUAAUUUUUAAAAGGUUUAAUACAAAAAAUGUUCAUGUUUAGUCAGUAGUCAUCCCAGAAUUGUCAGUUCUGCCAAAAUGUCUUUCAAGCUUCCUCCCAAGCAGAUUUCUUGCUUGAUUGGAUUGAUUGUGCUGUUAGUUGCAUUUUUAAUUUGCUCCUCCACUGUUUGGGGGCACCCCAGAAAAGUCAACUGAGAACAGACCAAAGUCCAUUGUCUCACAAUCCAAGUUAAUCUGGAGUUUUGUAUUUUUGUCAUGAAAUGGAGGUCUGAAGUCAUUUCCCCCAUCAGAUAACAUAAGUAGAAAAGGAUGGGAGGAAAAGAAAGAGAAAUCAGCUUCUUGGAUUCUCCUUACAUGAGCUUCAUUAAAAUUAGAGAUCUACAAAAUUGCUCUCCUUCCAGGGACAUGCACUAAUACUCCACUGUAUUAAAAGAAUUUUUUUUCCUGCAUCAUAAAUUGUGCUGAUCAUUUGACCACUGAUAACUAUGUGUUCAUUAUAUAUUCCUGUGGUAACAGAAGUGUCAGUUUUGUAACAGUUUUGUGGUAACAGAAGUGUCUGUCCAAGUUUAUACCAUUCUGAGGAAAAACUUGCAGAGCUUUUUAGGGAAAGAAGAAUUGGGCUAGGGUUAUUUUAUAGACGUACAAAUUGAAGAAUUUUUUAAAAAUUGCAGUCAGUGCAAUUGGACAUGCUGGAACCUAUACCUGAUGUAAAAUUAUUGUAUUUUAUUUUAUCCAGGCAUACUUGUUCCAAGGUACUAGUCACCUCCAAGUUAUUUUGCUUUUGAAAAAAUAUAUAAAGUUUUUGCAUUCUAAGAAUUAUUUAAUCUGCUGUCUAUACAAUUUGACUUGUUCAGAUAUUAAGUUGGUACCUUACAGUUCAUUGUUAUUUGAAUUUCACAUUUUCCUAAAUGUGGCAUUUAUCAUUAGAAAUGACGGAAAACCAGCAAAUGUUUAAAUGUUGUUGCCCAGUUCUGCUGCUCUUCAUCAUCAUUGUGAUAUAAGGAAGAUAAAACAGACACCUCCAGGAAGCACCUUAUUUUCAGUCUUGUCUGUUAUCCUAUUUCAGCUCUUCUUAGGGAUUUCCCUUCCUAAAAAGAUGUCUCAUAUCGUACCAGUGAACUCUUAGGUUCUGGGCCGGCUUGUGCGCCUCCUGGAAGAUGGGGCUCCAUUCCAAGCUGAUCACCCUCUGAGAUCUCCCCAAAAAGGAGAGACUAAUAGAAUGCCCCUCAGCGCUUGUGCAGGGUCGCAGCUUGUCCUGCUCGUCCCCGACCGGGCCUUCAGCGGAGUGGUCUCCCACUUACUGCUUUCUAAUAAAGAAUUGUUUGUAGAAGAGUAAUUUCAAUAGGAAAUUGAGCACAAUUCCCCAGACAUAUUGGGCAAGAAGAGACUCUCCUCCUUAGUUAAUCUAUUGGUGGUAUUUAUCCUGGGCCCAUAUUUGAUUAUCAUGCUCCCCUAGUAGCCUAGCGUAAUGUAUUCAGGACCAUCUGAGCAGGUGCCCAAAAACCCACCAAAGAAUCUCUGGGGAAAAAGGACCCAAAGAAAGAAAAAUAACCUUGUUGACCAUUAGAGGAGGCCAGGGGACACAAAUGAAAAGAUGUGGCUCAUCUGCUCUUGGUACCUGCCACACACGGAGUCUCUCCUUCGCUGCGGGUGGCUCGGGGGCUUGUGGAAGGAGCACAUUUCUCCUCUUGACAGACAGGAGAGCCAUGGUUUCAAGGGGCUCUGCCCAGCAUCUGUCUGAAGUCGGGAGCAGGAGCAGGGUUCUAGGGCCAGGGGCAUCUGCACUCUCAACUCUAAGCCUGCCUGGUCAGUGUCUGCCCUUGAAUUUGGAGACAUUUUAUCAUGUGCUUUCGGUGGACCCAGCAUUUAUGCAGUUUUUGCCAAAACUAAAAACCUCAGAGGUUGCUAAAGUAAGUUGCAUUUGUCUGGUUAUUUAAAAACCCAGCUAUUGCCUGUGAUUUGGGCACUUUUCCUUUGGAAUAUAGCGUUAUAACUGCUGUCAUUUGGCUUCCCAAGAAAUUCCUCAUGCCCAUAUUUAAACCUUGGAGUUUGAAAUCUCUAUUCUUAUACACAUCCUCAAAGCCCUUAAAUUUAAAACAGUUUUUGUAACAAAAGUUCAUCACCAUUCUUAGUAGGCCUUUCAGCUCUCUUCUGCCUUUCUUGUGGUCAGAAAUGUAUCGUGUCACUUAAUGACUGAAUAUUGCUGAAUUAUGUAUUCGAAAGAAAAGGAGAUUCUGAGUCUGAUAGAACCAUGAUUGAUUGAAUUUGUAUUGAACUCUCAAGUAUUGCCUGUAAAUUGAUGGGGGGAAGAAAGGGGCAAUGAGAGCAAUCUUCCCUGACUUCCCUUCCCAGCAGGAAAAGCAUUUAAAGGUGUAACUGAGCUGAAUUUGGGGGCUUUUGAAAUCAUCAGAACAUUCUGAUCUUGAAACUAAGGUGUGUUUGGAUAACAUGCUUCAUGUCAAUUCUCCAGAUGUGGAAGCAUCUGAAAAAAUCAGUUUAGCUUUAAUUUUUAUGUCUAGGAACUUCUGCUAAGCCAGACUUUAUAAGUGACAACGGUGGCCAAAUGCAUGGGAGAGAAUCGGGCAUUUCUCUCAUUAUUUUCUGUUCCUACGCUUCUCCUUCCUCCCAUUUCAGUCUUCUCUGAACUAUAUAAAGAAGGGUUUAACAUUUCAUUUCACCCUUUUUAGAACAACAUUCCCUGUUGUGACUUCAGUGACUUAACCCAGGCCAAAGUUCUUAGACUAAUUCUGCUUGAUGAGAUGAUGGAUUGGGGGACGGGGGUGGAAUGUUCAGCAGGCCCAGGACUCUCAGAGGUGAAACCGCCAGAGAGGCUUUGUUUUCCUUGUCUCUGGCAACGCAUCACGGAAUCCGUGACUCUUCUCUUCCUUUCCAUCCACAUUUGAAAAUAUGAAACAAAAAUAGACCUUCUUACAUUGUUUCAUGUAAGAAAUACCCUGAGUUAUGGGGGGAAAUAUGAUAAAAACUCAAACCAUUCUUGGCAUUUCAGUGGGAAAGAAAGUGACCUGCCUUUUUUAUGUCUGACAGUUUCAUAUCAUUUAUUUUUUAAAAAAAUAUUUUUAGGGUUUUUUCAUUGUAAUAUUAUUGUACAGUUUUGCAUGACCUAGAUGUAAUCACUUUUUUGUUUAGAAUAUAAAAGCUGACAAGUCUGUGUGGAGGGGAAAAGACACUGCUUUGGCCUCUUAUCAUUUUUUAUUUUAUUUUGUUUGGGUUGAUGCCCUUGAUGUUGUAGGGGACUUUGUAAGAGAUUCUCUGCUACCAAACAAACAAUGAUGUGGAUUCUUUUGCACAGAAAUAUUUAAGGUGGGACAGUCGGAAAUGUAAUGAAUGACUUCCUCACCAAUACUUUAUGUUGGUGACACACUCGAUAUUAACCUGACUUUGAUGUAUGGCAAUAAAACAGGGAACUGUUAGAAA